CUUUUACAUAAGCUAAAUUUUAAAGUACUUUUUAUUCCCCUAACAGACUAUUUUUACAGAGUGGUAAAAAGUUAUGGACUCUUCCUCCACCACAAUUAAACGUUUUGUUCACCCGGAACUAUUGAUGAGGAGCCAUUGUUUCCCCCCGACGUCUUCCUGUGAGUGGGUCUCAGCUGUUUUGUUUACUUUUCAUCCAGGAGCAGUUUAUCACUUUACUGUCGGGAGCUUUUUCAUUGUCAACAUUAUUGCCUGGAGGGAUUUAGUGUAAAAUAACAUGUCCGCGGACCAGCCGAUGUUGCCCCCGCGCUGCUCUCCGUCCUUCCCUCCCGGAGCGGUGGACGGCUGCGGCGGAGCGGAGCUUCCGAGCGGCCCGCUGGCAGAGAUGGAGAGCCUGCGGAUGUUCCUCAACGAGCGGCUGACGGCGGCGGUGGACGACAUCGUCGGGGUGUUCGGGAGAACUGUGGCUCGGUACCGGGAGCAGAUUGACCGCCAGCGGCGACAACUGGACAGCCUGAGGUCCGAGGAGAGCAGCUGGAGCCGGGCAGCAGACCCUCUGCAGGCUUCCUCCUGGAUAAAAAACUACCCUGAAGACCAGAUCCUGUGCGCCCAGAUGGACCAGGUCGGCAGUAUGGAUCAGGCCGACGUCGGGACCUCGAUUGCUCACGUUAAAACGGAGGCUGGUGGUGAGAAUGGUGAGAGUCACGUUGAUCCAGCCGGUGGUGCAGAGGCGGCGGGUGAUGGCCGGCUCCUGGAUGAGGGCUCUGACACUGAAGACAGUGGAGACUACUGGAGAGAGGCUGCAGGACUCUGGAAACCAGAGGAGACGGGAGAGACAGAAGGUCCGAGCUCCCCUCCGAGCAGGAAAGUGGAGAGCUCCGCUGAUCUGUCGCAGGAGCACAAACCUUCACAUCAGCUCCCACCGGUGUUUACCUGUCAAGUUUGCGGCGAGUCCUUCCAGAGGAGGAGCUACCUGUUCACUCACACUUCGGCACAUUUGAGAGACUGCGGCGUGUGCGGGAAACAUCUGGAGCGCACCGAGAACCUGAAGCUCCACCUCCGAGUUCACAGAGAAACUCUGUUCCGCUGCAGCGUCUGCGGCCAGACUUUCACCCUGCGGGGGAACCUGAGGACGCACAUGAGGAUCCACUCGGGCGAGCGGCCGUACGGCUGCACGGUCUGCGGGAAGAGCUUCGGCAGGAGGGCGACGCUGGUGCGUCACGUCCGCAGCCACACGGGCGAGAAGCCGUUCACCUGCACGUACUGCGGCCGCGGCUUCGUGGAGAAGGGAAACCUGACUGUGCACCUGCGGACGCACACCGGCGAGAGGCCGUACUGGUGCUCCAUCUGCGACCGGCGCUUCAGCCAGCUGUCCUGCUUCUACAAACACCCCUGUCAGAGGAGAGGCCUGGCCUCUGCCCGCGUCACUCCCACCUGACUGCUGGAAAACAAGUCAGGCAUUCUGUAGCAUUUGCAAAAUGAACUUCUCCUGUGAGCCGUGAGUUGGGUGGUCAAAACCCUCACGCUCAUAAAAGUCUCAUAUUAUUUCCUUUUUUAUGAGUUCAUGAGUUUCAUGGUUGCUCAGGGUCAAAGAUCAAACCUUUUUCUACUGCACCAACAGAACAACACAUAACUAAUGGGUUCUCCUGUUGUCUGCACUGCAGCGGUUUGUUCGGAAAGCCAACACAGCAAUUAUUAAAGCAAAUUGUGUGUUUCGCUAAACAGGAAGUGUGCCUCAAUAUACAGGCAAUACGCCGAUAAAGAAUAUGCAGCAUGUAUGCUUUGCUCCCUUGUUCUGCACUCGUCCGUUUGAAGUGGAUAUCGUGUGCACGAUGUUGGGGAGCACGUCAUUCGUUUCACUUACGUUUUCCAGUAGCAUUUGGGUAGCGUAUCGAGUUUCCAUGAGUGAGCUGUUUUUACAGCUACAUGUAAACCAAACACUCCCAUCACUAUUUCUUUUUUAUUUUAUCUUGAAGUAAAAAAAAAAAAAAAAAAGCUCAGAAACCCUCCUGAUGUGUUUUAACCCGUGGUUUCCUCACCGUCACCUCCUUGUCUUCUGACUGAGGACAGAAUCGAGUGUGUAGACGUGAAGGAAAAUCAAUAUUAGCGUCUCUUAUCGUCUCAUAACUGAACUUGCUUGCAGAAGAUACAAAUGAUCACUACUAUCCUGGUGUCAUAUUAUUCGCCAGUUUUAUAUAUUUGGUAACAAACAUUGAACCAAAGCCCUUUAACAAUAAGCCCUUUAAGAGGUGAGGGAAGCUGCGGGUGGUGUGUGUGUGUGUGUGGGGGGGGGGGGGGUUGCUUCAGUGGAGAAGGUUUGGAUGUCUUUGCGAAGAAUCGUCGUUUGCUUGAGAGGACUGCGUCCUGAGUCGUGACACGCAACUGCUCCUCUGAUUCAAGCCUCCACACCAAGCGCGAAUCGUCUCAGACACAGCUGUUGGGGUCAGAUGUGUCAGAUGUGAUUGUGUCGGCGUUUAUGAACCACGUCGUUCAGAGACAGAACUUCAGCUUGCGUCUUGAAACAGUCGUGGCGCUACUACAUGGAGACUGACUGUUACUUGUUUCCGCGCUGGUGAGUGACAGCGGAUGUAAACCUGAAACCCACGAAAACUCUUGUCAAGAAUGUUUGGAUUUGCUGUUGCUGAUUUGAACUGUUGAAAUACAACCUCCAUACUUUUCAUUUCCUAACUUGAAGAUCUUAAUGCUGUUUCAAAACCUGUUUCGAAUCCUGCAGGGGAAAUGCUGCAGUCAAGUUCAAACAUAAUGGCCAAAUAAAAAUGACUGGAAUCAG